AUGAGGUGCAAUUUGCUUCACAACUUGCUUCACAACUUGGUAGGAACUAAUUUAGCCACAGAUUCAAGCAUGAAUGCUGGUGAUGUAAACAAGGUUUACCGAUCCAAAAAAGAUGUCAAGAGGGCUGAUGAAGAGUAUGACCGCGAUGCUUCUGAAGAUGAAGACUGGGACGACGAUGACUUGGAAGGUUGGAACAUGGAAGAUUGGGAAGGAUAUGAAGAUUGGGAUGCUCUGAAAGAUGUGUCCAUGAAUUCAAAGACGAAAUUCUGUGAUGUUAAGGGAGUUGACGAAGCCAAAGCUGAGCUUGAAGAUAUAGUUCACUACCUAAGAGAUCCCAAGCAUUUCACGCGCCUUGGUGGCAAGCUUCCCAAAGGUGUUCUGCUUGUUGGCCCACCGGGCACAGGGAAGACCAUGUUGGCAAGGGCCGUGGCUGGGGAAGCCGGCGUCCCAUUCUUCGCGUGCAGCGGCAGCGACUUCGAGGAGGAAUAUGUGGGUGUUGGAGCUAGAAGAGUGAGGGAGCUCUUCAGUACAGCAAAGGAGCAAUCUCCUUGCAUAAUAUUCAUCGACGAAAUCGACGCCAUUGCUGGUCGCAGAAACCCAAAAGAUGCAACAUGGGCGAGGCAAACCUUGAACCAGCUGCUAUCUGAGAUGGAUGGCUUCAAGCAGAAUGAUGGGAUCAUCGUGAUUGCGGCGACCAACUUCCCCCAGUCGCUAGAUAAAGCCACUGUUAGACCUGGGCGAUUUGACCGUCAUGUUCAGGUUCCUAAUCCAGAUGUCGAGGGUCGGCGGCAGAUCCUCGAGGCUUAUCAAAGCCAAGGGUGUGGAUCUAAUGGCCUUGCUAGGGGGACACCGGGAUUUUCAGGUGCAGACCUUACAAACUUGUUCAACGUUGCUGCUCUGCAGGCUGCCAAGGAUGGGGCAGAAGCUGUUACGAUGGAUCACGUGGAAUACGCUAAGGACAAGAUAAUGAUGGGCAACGAGCGCAAAUCCUCAAUGAUACCUGAUAACUGCAGGAAGAUGAUUGCGUACCACGAGGGAGGGAGGGCACUUGUUGCUAUCCACACAGAUGGUGCUCGCCCUAUCUACAAGGCUACCAUUGUUCCGAGGGGAAACACUCUUGGCAUGGUGACCCAGCUGCCAGAGGAAGAAGACGUAUAUAAAGUCUCGAGGAAGAAGACGCUAGCGAAAUUGGAUAUCCUCAUGGGAGGCAGGGUGGCCGAGGAACUUAUAUUUGAGGCGGGCGAGGUGACCUCUGCCACCUUUUCUGAUGUAAACGAGGCAACUCAGCUGGCGACAGACAUGGUCAUCAAAUACGGUAUGAGUGAGCGGGUCGGCCUUGCCCUUGUUUCCUAUGGCAACGACGAUGAUGGUCGUGGUGGGAAGAUGUCGGCCUUGAGCGGCCAUAUGAUAGCCGCAGUGGAGGGGGAGGUGCAGGAAUUACUGGACAAGGCUUACGAGAACGCGAAAAUGAUUCUCACUGCACACAGUAAGGAGCUUCAUGUGCUAGCUGAUGCCCUCCUUGAGCAUGGAACUCUCACUGGCCACCAGAUCAAAGCCCUCCUUGAGCACGGAACUUUCACUGGCCACCAGAUGAAGCACAUAGCAUCGCCAAGUAAAAAUAAAUGGUUUUAACAACGUAGUUAGCACAACCAGGAAACAGAUUCGUCCUAAUUGGGAAGAUUUUUUGUUUUUGUUUUGAUUCCUUAGUUGCAUGCACACAAAAUUGUAAAGACGUACGGUCUGCAUUUCUUUGAUUUUGGUUUUGUCAAG